CAUCAUGGAGGCAGGUGCACUUUUCCUGCUGCUGUCCGCAUUAUUGGGGACUGCUUUGGCUCAAAGCUUUUAUGGAAACAGCAUCAGUUUCAUGCCUCCACAGAAGAAGAACAAUGGGACAUUUAGGGUAACCUUCUAUCAGAGACAAAAUGGAAGGAGCAGCUGUCAAAACCAGUCGUCCUUCACAUGUGAGGGAGGGGUCUGCACGAGCUUUGAUAAGUCGAACGUCCUGCAAACGGAUCAGGAUGACGCAGGCAGGUGGUGCCAGUCUGAAGGGCAAACAACAGCAACCGUGUCAACGAAUAAAACCUCCUUUUCUCUGAGGGGCGCAGGCUGCUGUUGGGCGUCUAAUGUCAACGGGAAAACAAACUGGACGACUCAUGCAGAGUUGGACCUGGGAACUCGAUCUGACUCACACGCCCUCAACAGCUGUCCAGUGACAACCACUGUGUCUUCUUUAAGGGUGCCUCAGAACUGUUUUUCAAGGAUUCGUCUUCUGGCCCAUGAUCCAGAUGGAGAUAACGUGAGAUGCCGCUUCAGUUCAGACGCUCCAGUUCCUUCGAACUUCACUCUGGACAAUACUACAUGCACACUGACGAGUACGGGUCAAAUCAGUGUUGGUGUGCAGGUGUUUGAGGUGAUGCUGGAGGACUUCUCUGCCACAAACAUCACUUUGACCUAUGCAGAUGGAACAUCGGCAUCUCGGCAAGCGUCCGACACAAACUUACCACCUCUCUGCAAAGUCAAGCUCCAGUUCUCAGUGGAGGUCCUUCCUCCAAUACAGAGGUGUGAAGUUGGUCACGUGCAGCCCAUGUUCUUAUCAAAGACUCCUUCACAUGGUGAUGUUCUUCAUGCCACUGUGGGUCAGACGUUCCAGCUUUAUGCUGAAGCUCAGGCUCACCAUGCCAGCAUAUACGACUUCCAGGUCAGCGGCCCUCAGAAUAUGAGCAAAGUGUUCAGAGAUGCUAAUUCAGGAAUUGCUGAAGUCACUGUGAGCUGGACACCACAGCAGAGCGAUCUGUACAGAUUUGUCCCAGUCUGCUUCACCGCAGAGACAAAUGAAUCCCAGUCAGAGAUGAGGUGUGUUGUUGUCAUGGUGACCCAAGCAUCUAUCAUUCAAGGCAAGGCGACUGUUGAAUGCUCCCCCAAUAAGAUGAAGGUGGCCCUGGACAAAGCCUCCAUGCCGGGCAUCGACGAGAACUUCCUGAAGCUGAGCGACCCGUCCUGCUCUCUCACCUCCAACAACACUCACAUCACGGGCAGCAUGUCGUUCAGCACCUGUGGCACCAAAGUUGAGGAUAAAGGCGACUUCAUCGUUUUCAAGAAUGAGAUCAACUCCUUCGAGUUGCCCAACGAGAUUAUAACCCGGAGGAAGACAGUGAAGAUUGGUUUCUCUUGCAAAUUUCCCAAAGCCAUCAGUAUCUCCAGUUUCUACAACCUCCACAAGUCAGACUACAUUUUCACUGAGUCCAGCUUUGGCAGCUUCGGCUAUGCGUUUGAGAUAUACCGCGAUGGCAACUUCACAGAUAAGGUGGACGCCAGCGCCUAUCCAGUGGAGGUCAAACUGCUGCAGAAGAUCUUCAUGGGCAUUGAAGCUAAAUCUGAGCUUCCAAACGUGAAGCUGUUUGUGGAAUCAUGCAAAGCCACUCCUGAUGACAACCCUGAAAACACCCUCUCCUAUGACAUCAUCAAGAACGGAUGUCUAGAAGAUGAGACGGUUCAAGUUCACCCAUCUAACCAGACUUCGUUCAACUUUGAGGUUCAAGCCUUCAAAUUUACCGGAAACUAUGACCAGGUGUACCUCACCUGCUCUGUCAUCCUGUGCAAGCCUGACAGUCCCUUUUCCAGAUGUGCCCAGGGCUGUCUGAAGAAUCCAUCCCGCAGACGCAGGCGAGGGCUGGGCGGGGAGACGGUCAGCCACGAAAUUACCCAGGGUCCUUUGCAGUUUGUCGGGCCACCUGUUCCCAAAGCAGCUGAUGAUGAUAAUGUUGUGAUGAAAAAGAGUGACAAGCGCCCUUCAGUGAGUCCUCCCCCAGUUUCUCCAGACACAAAAUCAAGUGAAGGAGGUUGGAACAUCAAGCAGAUCCUAAACAGCAACAUCAGCACUGCCGUCUUCGCCUGCGCCUUCUUAGUAUCAGUGGUGUUCAUGGCUGUGAUUGUUUGUUACUUCAGCAAGAAGAGAAAAGAAGAAGACCGCAAUGCUCUUAUAGAUUCAGACCUGGAGAACUAAACCCAGCUAAUCUCAGUUUUACACAGUAUUUUGGUUGUUCAUUAUUAAAGGAGUGGUGGGCAUUUUUUAAAGGUCUGUCUUCAAAUAAUACUCACAUUCACUGACCACUCCUCCUGUUUGUACCUGCUGUUAAAGUUCCCAUAUUGUAUAAAGGUAGUUUUCCAUGUCUUUUUUGAUUAUAAGGCAGGUGGCCUAGGAUCUAUAUUAAUAAAGAGAAAGUAUCAAAGCAUUCAAUCCAAAGAUAAAUGCACACAGCCUGUAUUCAGAAACUGAGCCUUAAAACAAGCCAUCAGGACUUCUGUAACUUUGUGAUGUCAUAACAAAGCAGUCACCGCUCUCAGCCAUGCCCCAAACCCUCCCACCUGGGCCCACCAUCCAGCCUUGCAGAAUUUGGUUUCUCUGAGUGUUUACAAUGAACUCUGCUAUAUUUUUUAUUCCACAACAGAACAGUCAGCCAAUUAAAAGGGACGCUCAGAGCCUGUCUUCUGAGGAUUAUUUUUAAUGGCUAGUAUGAACAGGAGUAAUGAUUACAGCAAGCAAAACCUGCUUCAUUGUUCAAUUGUGAACUUGUCCUUUAAAGAGAUUUUCUUUUGAGGCUCAUAAUAAUCUUCCUGAUGGGAUGUCCCAGGUUGGUGGGAGGGUGGUCUAAGAUGUGUGUCUCUGUCACUGUCUCUGUCUCUCUACACUUCCAAAAGUCCAAAGUCAUAAAAAUAAUGAAGUACAUAGUUGGUGUAUUGCACCAUACACAAAGCCAAAACCAAUGGAUGCUCUUCUGAAAAUGUUUUGGUUUCUCUUUGUGAUUGUUCCAAUACCUCACUUUCACUUACAGUAACUGGUUUCAGACUAUCCAGAGAAUUUCUACUGUUAUGAAAACAAAAUUCCACUCAGUCUGGUCUUGCAGGAUUUUUUUUUGUUUUCUUUUGCAAACACAUACCCAGCAAUUAUCUUCAGGUAUUAAAGAUUUUCUAGAUAAGACGGACAAUAAUAGCUGAGGAUUUUGGCCUUUUGUGUUUGGCUUUGUUAACAACGCAGUAACCUGUAACCUGUAACCUGGGUGUUUCUAAUGCAGUCAUAAUUGGUAAUAAAAUAUGGGCUUGUUUAA